UUGUCCUCCGUUCCCCAGCUGGUCAUGUCGCCAGAAGCCUCCAGCCUCGACAUCAUCCUUUCCCACUCCCGCUCCGGGGCCGAGAGCAGUUUCACGCCCUCCUUCACCAACACCCACCAGGAGCAGCGGUGGGACAAUGCCAUCUACUUGACUCCCCUCUCGCCACGCACCAGGAGCUCGAGCCUAGGCCGCGGGGGGCGUUUUUGCGCGCGGACCCCGGGGCGGCUCGCCCUGCGGCCCUUGGCAACGACGGAGAACGCGGAAGUGUCCAGGCCCUCCAAGGCUGACCUCUCCCGGGAGAAAAGCCGCCAGGCCAUAGAAGAUCAGAAGCAGCUCUGUGGCCAGAGGAGGGAUAUUGAUGUCUUGGAGCUGUUCCUUUCCCGAAAGGAACUAACAGAUGUCAUUGACCUGGCCAGAUUCCGAAGGUUAAAGCACUUAUGGCUUUCCUUCAACAAGCUCCAAGAUAUCAGAUUUCUGCUAAGAAAUCCUUGUCUAGCAGAACUUUACCUGGACAACAACAGCCUCUAUGCGAUAGAAGGCCUUCGGCACUUGGUCUCCCUGAAUGUCCUCAUGUUGCACAACAACCAGCUGAAGAAUCUUGAUGCUGUUGUGGAUGAAUUGAAGCUGAUGACCAAUCUGAAGACACUAAAUCUGUAUCACAAUCCUUUAUCCCAGGAUGCAAGGCAGUAUCGCUUGUAUACAAUUUAUCAUCUGUCAUCCCUGUGGCUACUUGACAGGAAAGAAAUUAAAGGAGACGAAAGAAAAACAGCUUUCCAUUUGUUUAACCACGAAAGGUCUCGGGUGCUUCAGAAUUUGGCAUUUGGCAGGAGAGCAGAGAAGGGGAUGUAUGCAGGGCCCUACAAGCCCUGCCUCACUGUACCUACAGAAAUCGUAUGGUCUAAAGCAUACAUCAACAGGAACUUGUUUCACGAUAAAGAAGAUGCUGUUUUUGUGAGGUCAUUGAAGAGAUCCGUGACCCAGUUCAGCUUUUUGGAUUGGACCUUGGUCCCCACUAGAGUUGAGCGUCACAGUGACGACAAAACUGGGAGACCUGUUGAAUUGACCACAGUCAGGAUCAGAUAAUGGCUGUGCGCUUUCCCCAGAGCUUUGGGGCGAUGUGGGGGGUGGGGAUGGGGGAUGGGGUCUUCUGUUCAACUUCUCUAUGAGUUUGGUUUUCAGAAAUUAGACUUAAUUAGCUUUGGAUAUGUCAGAAUGGAUGUUGUGUGCGGAUUCUCGUCCGGGGCACCAUGGGAAGUGCGCAUGAUACCAGGGCAGACUUGCUCAGUCCCAAAGAACUCACCUUCUCUAGUUCUUAAUCGAUGAUGUUUCUACAUGACUGAAGUUAAAGCUGA